GGACAAAACUUUUAAGGUAGUAAAAUUGACUAAUAAUUUUAUUGGUAAUUAAUUAUUUAAUUGUUGGGUCAACUGACGGGGACUGCAGUUGAUCUGCCUUUAUCAGACAUCGUGCAUACAUUCACUGUGCUGGAGGACUAUUAAACAAUAAGUCUGAAAAUUCUGAAUUACUUUUUAGCCAAAUACAACAUUCAGUAUAACUCAUUACCUUAGAAGUUGUAUGAUGGCAGGUUUGCUUUCUACGCAAUAUCACUUUACACUGGGUAAAUUAAAACUGUUGAGGAAUAAUCCUGCCCUGUCAGUCCUGACAACUACUCAGCGCAAAUACAGCAGUAAGUAUGGAGCUGGAAUGGAGAAUUUGCACCAAAGUGUCGUCCCGACCAUGCACUACCAGAAGAGUUUACCAAGAUUACCAGUCCCCAAACUGGAGGAUACAAUACGGAGAUAUUUGGCAGCACAAAGACCCCUGCUUAAUGAUGAACAGUACAGUAAUACGGAGAAAGUAGCACAUGACUUCCAUAAUGGUAUCGGCAAGCAGUUACAUGAAGAACUUGUGGCCUUUGACAAGAACAAUAAGCACACCAGCUAUAUCUCAGCUCCAUGGUUUGAUAUGUACUUGUCUGCCCGAGAGUCUGUUGUGCUGAACUUUAACCCCUUCAUGUCCUUUAACCCUGACCCCAAACCGGAGUACAACAAUCAGCUUGUACGGGCCACCAACAUGGUCUGCUCGGCUGUGCGGUUUAUGAAGACCCUGCGUGCUGGGCUGCUUGAGCCUGAGGUGUUUCACCUUAACCCUGCCAAGAGUGACACAGACAGUUUCAAGAAGCUGAUCCGAUGGGUGCCCUCCUCCAUCUCAUGGUUUGGAGCCUACAUGGCAAACGCAUAUCCUCUGGAUAUGUCCCAAUACUUCCGCCUCUUCAACUCCACACGUAUACCCAAGUACAAGCGUGAUGAGCUCUUCACAGAUGAGAAGGGCCGCCACCUGCUUGUGAUAAGACAAGGCAACUUGUAUGUGUUUGAUGCAGUGGAUCGGGAUGGUAACCUUGUAAAGCCUGCUGAGAUUCAAGCUCACCUAAAAUACAUCCUAGCAGACCCCACACCCACUCCUGCAUUCCCUUUGGGUGUUCUGACCAGUGAGAACAGAGACACCUGGGCUGGGUUAAGACAAAAGCUUCUGGAUGCUGGAAAUGGUGAAGCUCUGAGUUUAGUAGACACUGCUCUGUUUUGCCUCUGCCUGGAUGGGGAGGACAUGAGAGACCAUAUCCAAAUCUCCCACAACAUGCUUCAUGGGGACGGCUGCAACCGCUGGUAUGACAAGUCCUUUAGUAUCAUCUUGGCUAAGGAUGGGCAGGCGGCCAUCAACUUUGAGCACUCUUGGGGCGACGGUGUGGCCGUCCUUCGUUUCCAGAAUGAAGUCUUCAAGGACACCACAGAGAAGCCUCUGGUUGGCCCUGGUUCUCUGCCAGCAUCUGUAGACUCUGUCUCAGCGGUUCGGCGAUUAGAGUUCAAACUCAAUGCAGAGUUACAAGCUGGAAUCACAAAGGCCAAAGAGAACUUCCAUGCUGCCGUGUCAACACUUACCAUCGAUGCUAUGGAGUUCAAGAAAGGUGGAAAGGAGCAACUUAAGAAAAAGAAGCUAAGCCCAGAUGCCAUUGCACAGCUGGCUUUCCAGAUGGGCUUCCUACGGCAGUACGGCCAAACUGUUGCCACAUAUGAGUCCUGCAGCACUGCAGCCUUUAAACACGGUCGUACGGAAACCAUCCGUCCUGCUAGUGUUCAUACAAAGCGCUGUGCCAUGGCCUUCGUCCAGCAGCCUGGACAGCACACAGUGGAACAGUUACAAGGACUGCUGAGUGAAUGCUCCAAAUACCACAGCCAACUCACUAAAGAGGCAGCCAUGGGUCAAGGGUUUGAUCGGCAUCUUUUUGCAAUGCGCUACUUGGCUAAUUCUAAAGGAAUGGCACUGCCUAGUCUGUACCUGGACCCAGCCUAUGCUGCCAUAAACCACAACAUCCUGUCCACCAGUACUCUCACUAGCCCUGCGGUGAGUCUUGGUGGGUUUGCUCCUGUGGUGCCUGAUGGUUUUGGAGUGGGCUAUGGUGUCCAUGAUGAAUGGAUUGGAUGCAAUGUGUCCAGCUACCCUGCCAGAAAUGUUCAUGAAUUUCUAAAGUGUGUUUACAAGUCCUUGGAAGACAUUUUUACAGUCCUUGAUGGAAAACCCAUUAAUUAAAAGAGCACUUAAUCUGUUGAAACGCUGGGGAUUUUGGACUAGUCUGGAUUCAGAACAUCUGUUUGAUUUGUCUGUUAUUAGACACUGACUCAAUGUAAUUUCAUCCUAUGACAUCAUUGUCUUUAAUGGUUGAUUGUAGAACUGUUAAAUAAGCUUUAUACAGUGUGGAUAGUUGAAAUGUGAUACUAAGGUCCCAGGCCCACCCAGAGUAUUAGAGAUUAUUCUCUGACUUCAAAUAUAUAUUUAUAAAAGUUUAAAAAUGCAUAAAUUCUGAUUUCUGAAAGUGUGAAAGAACUGUUUGAAUGUACUGCUGCUCUGUUGUUUAGGAAAAUUUGGUAUGAAAAAAAACUUGUCCCAUCCAUUUUUAACAAGGCCCACCCAAAAGCAAUUUCCUGGCUACGCCCUUGGUUAGGGCAAUCUAGAUAAUGCGUUGAAAUGCUAGUGUAUUAAAAAUGUAAAGCAAAUAUAUUGCAUUUUGAAUUCUGUUAUGCAAUUUUUCCAGGUUAAACCAUCCCCUAUGUCAGUCAUCUAUAGUCAUGACAGAAACCAACCACACUGACUCCUAAAUGCUCCUCUCGCCUAUGUUGCCGUGAUUCAAUGUACUUUAGGUCAUUAAUAGUGACUGUAGGAUCUUGGUUUAUCCACUUCAGGAUGAAGUAAUUUUUGUUCAUUUUUAACCAAAUGCAUCUCUGUAUCAUAUACAACAGAAGAACAUGUAAAUUACCUAUUCACAAAUGUAUUGAAUAACUUUAGAUCUUCGUUACCACCAAAAUGCUUAUUUUGUGCCUUAAAAUUUUUAAAGCAUUAAGGGAUCAACGAGAUCAAGAGGGAGAUGUUUAUCACAGGAGACUAAAACUCAUCUGAUUGUAAAUAUCGUCUGUAACAAAGUUGACUAAACAUUUUGAUUGGGUGAUAUAGUUCAGCAACAAAUGGACAUGCUGUUUUUCUGCAUAUUUAUGAUCAUUACAUACCUAUUGUGUAUUAGCUUCUAUUUUUAAGCUCACUUACAAAAUGCAGAAACACAUCAGCACUACCAUUAAAGUAAUAUUCCGGGUUCAAUACAAGUUAAGCUCAGUCGACAGCAUUUGUGACAAUGUUGAUUACCAAAAAAAGGUAUUUUGGCUCACCCCUCAAAAAAAAAAAAAAAAAAAAAAAAAGCAAAAAUUGAGGUUACAGUGAGGUACUUACAAUGGAAGUGAAUGGGGCCAGUUUCUAGAGGGUUUAAAGGCAGGAAUGUAAAGCUUAUAAUUGUAUUUAAAAAAAAAAAAAAAGCACUUAAUUAUUCUGUUAUAACGCAUGUAUUUGAGCUGUAAAGUUUAAAUUGCAAUUUUUUCAGUCAUUCAGUCCUUAAAUUGGUCAUAACUUCACACAAAAAAGGUUAGUAAGUGAUUUUAUCACACUAAAAUCAUGUUUACAUGCAUAUUAUGUCUUGUGACUAAACUUUUGAAACAGUAUUUUAAUGUUCAAAAAGUGGCCACUAUUCAUUUCCAGUGCCUCACUGUAACAGAUUUUUGCUUUUUUAGAAAAGGAUGGACGAGUCAAAAUUAAUGUUUGUGGUAAUCAAUAUU